AUGGUCGCUGUGGAGUCGGAGCAGAACCAUGAGGCAGCUUUUCUCCGCGCGUUGCAUUCUUUUGCUAAAUUUGGCAACAAGAAGUGCACCGCAGAGCUGCCCUGGGACCGGCGCCCCUUGACCACUGCCCCCAGCGCCCCUCGACCACUGCCCCCAGCGCCCCUCGACCACUGCCACCAGCGCUCCUCGACCACUGCCCCCAGCGCUCCUCGACCACGGCCCCCUGCGCCCCUCGACCACUGCCCACAGCGCCCCUCGACCACUGCCCCCAGCGCCCCUCGACCACUGCCCCCAGCGCCCCUCGACCACUGCCCCCAGCGCUCCUCGACCACGGCCCCCUGCGCCCCUCGACCACUGCCCCCAGCGCCCCUCGACCACUGCCACCAGCGCCCCUCGACCACUGCCCCCAGCGCUCCUCGACCACGGCCCCCUGCGCCCCUCGACCACUGCCCCCAGCGCCCCUCGACCACGGCCCCCUGCGCCCCUCGACCACUGCCCCCAGCGCCCCUCGACCACUGCCCCCAGCGCCCCUCGACCACUGCCACCAGCGCUCCUCGACCACUGCCCCCAGCGCUCCUCGACCACGGCCCCCUGCGCCCCUCGACCACUGCCCACAGCGCCCCUCGACCACUGCCCCCAGCGCUCCUCGACCACUGCCCCCAGCGCCCCUCGACCACUGCCCCCCAGCGCCCCUCGACCACUGCCCCCAGCGCUCCUCGACCACUGCCCCCAGCGCUCCUCGACCACGGCCCCCUGCGCUCCUCGACCACUGCCCCCAGCGCUCCUCGACCACUGCCCCCAGCGCUCCUCGACCACGGCCCCCUGCGCCCCUCGACCACUGCCCCCAGCGCUCCUCGACCACUGCCCCCAGCGCUCCUCGACCACGGCCCCCUGCGCCCCUCGACCACUGCCCCCUGCGCCCCUCGACCACGGCCCCCAGCGCUCCUCGACCACGGCCCCCUGCGCCCCUCGACCACGGCCCCCUGCGCUCCUCGACCACGGCCCCUUGCACCCCUCGACCACUGCCCCCAGCGCCCCUCGACCACUGCCCCCAGCGCCCCUCGACCACUGCCCCCAGCGCCCCUCGACCACUGCCCCCAGCGCUCCUCGACCACGGCCCCCAGCGCUCCUCGACCACUGCCCCCAGCGCCCCUCGACCACUGCCCCCAGCGCCCCUCGACCACUGCCCCCAGCGCCCCUCGACCACUGCCCCCAGCGCCCCUCGACCACUGCCCCCAGCGCUCCUCGACCACUGCCCCCAGCGCCCCUCGACCACUGCCCCCAGCGCCCCUCGACCACUGCCCCCAGCGCCCCUCGACCACUGCCCCCAGCGCUCCUCGACCACUGCCCCCAGCGCCCCUCAACUACUGUCCCCUGCGCCCCUCGACCACGGCCCCCAGCGCCCCUCGACCACUGCCCCCAGCGCCCCUCGACCACUGCCCCCAGCGCCCCUCGACCACUGCCCCCAGCGCUCCUCGACCACUGCCCCCAGCGCCCCUCAACUACUGUCCCCUGCGCCCCUCGACCACGGCCCCCAGCGCCCCUCGACCACUGCCCCCAGCGCCCCUCGACCACUGCCCCCAGCGCUCCUCGACCACUGCCCCCAGCGCUCCUCGACCACUGCCCCCAGCGCUCCUCGACCACGGCCCCCUGCGCCCCUCGACCACUGCCCACAGCGCCCCUCGACCACUGCCCCCAGCGCUCCUCGACCACUGCCCCCAGCGCCCCUCGACCACUGCCCCCAGCGCCCCUCGACCACUGCCCCCAGCGCUCCUCGACCACUGCCCCCAGCGCUCCUCGACCACGGCCCCCUGCGCUCCUCGACCACUGCCCCCAGCGCUCCUCGACCACUGCCCCCAGCGCUCCUCGACCACGGCCCCCUGCGCCCCUCGACCACUGCCCCCAGCGCUCCUCGACCACUGCCCCCAGCGCUCCUCGACCACGGCCCCCUGCGCCCCUCGACCACUGCCCCCUGCGCCCCUCGACCACGGCCCCCAGCGCUCCUCGACCACGGCCCCCUGCGCCCCUCGACCACGGCCCCCUGCGCUCCUCGACCACGGCCCCUUGCACCCCUCGACCACUGCCCCCAGCGCCCCUCGACCACUGCCCCCAGCGCCCCUCGACCACUGCCCCCAGCGCCCCUCGACCACUGCCCCCAGCGCUCCUCGACCACGGCCCCCAGCGCUCCUCGACCACUGCCCCCAGCGCCCCUCGACCACUGCCCCCAGCGCCCCUCGACCACUGCCCCCAGCGCCCCUCGACCACUGCCCCCAGCGCCCCUCGACCACUGCCCCCAGCGCUCCUCGACCACUGCCCCCAGCGCCCCUCGACCACUGCCCCCAGCGCCCCUCGACCACUGCCCCCAGCGCCCCUCGACCACUGCCCCCAGCGCUCCUCGACCACUGCCCCCAGCGCCCCUCAACUACUGUCCCCUGCGCCCCUCGACCACGGCCCCCAGCGCCCCUCGACCACUGCCCCCAGCGCCCCUCGACCACUGCCCCCAGCGCCCCUCGACCACUGCCCCCAGCGCUCCUCGACCACUGCCCCCAGCGCCCCUCAACUACUGUCCCCUGCGCCCCUCGACCACGGCCCCCAGCGCCCCUCGACCACUGCCCCCAGCGCCCCUCGACCACUGCCCCCAGCGCUCCUCGACCACUGCCCCCAGCGCUCCUCGACCACGGCCCCCUGCGCUCCUCGACCACGGCCCCCUGCGCCCCUCGACCACUGCCCCCUGCGCCCCUCGACCACGGCCCCCUGCGCUCCUCGACCACGGCCCCUUGCACCCCUCGACCACUGCCCCCAGCGCCCCUCGACCACUGCCCCCAGCGCCCCUCGACCACUGCCCCCAGCGCCCCUCGACCACUGCCCCCAGCGCUCCUCGACCACGGCCCCCUGCGCCCCUCGACCACUGCCCCCUGCGCCCCUCGACCACGGCCCCCUGCGCUCCUCGACCACGGCCCCUUGCACCCCUCGACCACUGCCCCCAGCGCCCCUCGACCACUGCCCCCAGCGCCCCUCGACCACUGCCCCCAGCGCCCCUCGACCACUGCCCCCAGCGCUCCUCGACCACGGCCCCCAGCGCUCCUCGACCACUGCCCCCAGCGCCCCUCGACCACUGCCCCCAGCGCUCCUCGACCACUGCCCCCAGCGCUCCUCGACCACUGCCCCCAGCGCUCCUCGACCACGGCCCCCUGCGCCCCUCGACCACGGCCCCCUGCGCUCCUCGACCACGGCCCCUUGCACCCCUCGACCACUGCCCCCAGCGCCCCUCGACCACUGCCCCCAGCGCCCCUCGACCACUGCCCCCAGCGCCCCUCGACCACUGCCCCCAGCGCUCCUCGACCACGGCCCCCAGCGCUCCUCGACCACUACCCCCAGCGCCCCUCGACCACUGCCCCCAGCGCCCCUCGACCACUGCCCCCAGCGCCCCUCGACCACUGCCCCCAGCGCUCCUCGACCACUGCCCCCAGCGCUCCUCGACCACUGCCCCCAGCGCUCCUCGACCACGGCCCCCAGCGCUCCUCGACCACGGCCCCCAGCGCCCCUUGA